AACGUCGCGUAAAUGAGAGGAAACGGUUAACAAGGAACAGUUCUGUUUUUAAAAUGGAUAAUACAUCGCUUUAUCACAUACGUAUGUGAGGAGACUGGACGCUGACCUUCAUAUUUAAUCUGAUUCCAAGCAAACUCCUCUCUUGAUACAGGCGCUGACGGAUUUUCCUUGUGGUGUGCUAGCAGGACCCUUUCUAUAAAAGAGCUUUAAAAACACCGACAACUGUCAACUCGGCUGUCAGAAGGCGUUUAUAAUCGUAUCCUUAUGCAUUUCUAAACGCUUUAUGGCUUGACUUCACUACCAGCAGAAGCAGUGAUGUGGAUAUGAAGACUGAUUACUAGCUGUAAUUUAACCAGAACUGUACAGAAUUGUAAUCUACCAGCGAACAAAACCCGGUCUAUUAUUGAUCUUACCUAUAUAUACACAUCCUAAAGACAACGUCCUUGGGGUAGUAUUAAGUGCAUCAACAGCAAACUACCGUUAGACAUCUCCGUCUGUAGAUUGGUUGCUCGAUGCUAAGGAGGAUGUUUAUACAGCACAACUUGCUAACUGAUAUUAUGUAGCCAACAACUGGAUGACGCUUCCGCUGAGUUUCAAUAUGAUAUAUCUGCAUGACAGGAGGCGCUUGAUAUUUUAGUAGGAGCAGAGAGAGAUAAUUAAUUAUGUGCUUACGAUAGCUGUGUAAUUCGUGCUAUCGGUCACCAUCACUGCUUAUAAUUUUGGGGGCUUGUAGUUUGAAACACCCGUGAUCCACUGACCUCUUAGGCAAUGGCGGUUGUUGGGGUCAGUGUGUUGUCCCGGGAUCAGGUGCCGUCUGUAUCCUCCAACUCUUCACGCACUGAUGUUGAUACCAGGGGCUGCUCCAACGGGGUCUUCAUGGACACCUUUGGCAUCUUCCUGCAGGGCCUGCUGGGAGUGGUGGCCUUCAGCACACUUAUGUUGAAACGCUUCAGGGAGCCUAAACACGAACGGAGACCCUGGAUAAUCUGGUUUCUGGACACCUCCAAACAGGCCAUAGGGAUGCUGUUCAUUCACUUUGCUAAUGUCUACCUGUCUGACCUCACAGAGGAGGACCCAUGUUCACUAUACCUCAUCAACUUCCUAUUGGAUGCGACGCUGGGUAUGCUGGUAAUCUAUGGCGGCAUAAAAGCUGUGAGCGUCGUGGUUGAAUGGAGACAAUGGGACUCGUUACGAUUUGGAGAGUAUGGCGAGCCAGUGCAGUGCAGUGCCUGGGCGGGUCAGUGUGCUCUCUAUAUCCUCAUCAUGAUGUUUGAGAAGGUCAUGAUCAUGCUGGUCCUCCUCAUCCCACAAUGGAAGAAGCUGGCUACACUCAACCCUAUUACGAACCCUCAUCUGGAGCUAGCUAUCGUCAUGCUAAUUGUCCCAUUUUUCGUGAACGCUCUGAUGUUCUGGGUAGUAGAUAACUUCCUAAUGAAGAAGAGCAAAACAAAAGCCAAACUGGAGGAGAGAGAGGUGGGAGAUGAUCCUCGCGGCAAUAGCAAAGUGCGCUACAGACGGGCCCUCUCACAUGAUGACUCUGAAUCAGAACCAGUAAGUUUGCAAUCUAAUGAAGCAGGCGUGUCUUUGAGAAUGGUCUACGCUGAUUGUUCCGGCAUGCAAAACAUUAGCACAUCCGGUUAUGAACUCUAGAUUCUGUUCUCUGCAGAUGACGAAAUGGAGGAUUCAGAUGGUGACGACGAUGUACGAAGACUCACAGGGCUCAAGCCUGUUAAGAAAAAGAAACACCGGCUUGGUAUACAAGUCUGAGUUGCAAUGUAGACUUGAGGCCUCCUUCACUCCCAUGACACCCACCUCUUUUACCUGAGCUUUACACCUGAACGUGGAUCAGCAAAUGGUGGGCGUAAUGACUAUAAACUUUAAACAAGUUGCAUGGGAGCAAUUUUACAAUGAAUUCAUAAAAGGACUAGGGUAUAGUCUGUCACAAACUCUUUGGAUUUACACCCAUGCAUACACAUAAGAGGUGCCUCCUAUUUGGAGACAUAGUUGAGGUAUGUGGAAGGUGAUGAGGAUUUCUGAGCAGCCUGUUGGGGAUGAUUGGACCACAGAAUAUUUUUAGUCAGUCUGAUUUUUGCACAUUUACAAUCUGUAAUGUGCUGCUUUUUAAAGCCUAUGCAUGAUCGCCUCUUGUGGUCCUACAUCGGAUGUACAACAGUGGGAGAUCUUGGUUACAACAUCUCCCCUAUGCAUCUAUCCAGCCUUUAUACUGAGAAACAAAUUUAAACCUUUCAUUAUGUUUUAUUCCAGGUGUCCAUCUACCUUUACAAAUAACACGCUACUCAGAUAAGUACCUUAGACAUAUGUAUGUGACUGCAAUGCUUGCAUAGCCAAACUGGUCAAGGUUAAAGCACAUUUGCAAGUGUAGCUGUAGAGUUUAGUUGUUUUCGGAAUUGCGCUGAUAAAUGUUAAGGAACAGGAUUUGCCAGCAGCAUUACAAGCCCCUGAUGUUAUAAUACGGCUGGGUACGGUCUGUUUGCAUUGUCUUGGUUUAACCUUUAGUCAACAAACAGAGACGAGUCAAUGAGAAGGGUACAUAAAUCGUGAAUUUGUGAUGGCAUGAUUGUCAGAUUGUUUUUUACUGUUAUGAAUGUAUUUGUUGUUAAGUCUUUUGUUUCCCCUCACCUUUUUGCUACUCAUUCCAGGGUAGAUGCUUUGGUACAGGAUGCUUUAGUAACCUCUUGCACAGUUCUGUGCUUCAUUGUGGUCUUUGUGUCGUUUAUGCAGUAUAACCUUUGGGAUGUGUAUGUCUUGAAGUACAACAACUUGUCUGUCUAACACUAAUCUAAAUGGUAUUUGUUCCAAAUUGUUUCUCCCAACACUUUUUUUUUCUCUAUUGAGGACUUGGUUUAAUUCCAAAACUAAAGCACAGACACUUUCAGAGUGAUGCCUUUGUACCAUGCACUCUGCAGUAUCGAGUGCAUGUCUCAGAUUAUUGUUUAUAUUGCUUAUUCUGAAGAAUGAGAAAUGAGGAAGAUGCCUGAAGGUUUUCAUUCUUGGAUUAGGAUGUUUUACAGAGAUAACUUUUCUGUACACUUUUGGCCUUGAGUGGCAGUGAGAGAAUUGUGAGUAGAACCAACCAUAUUUCCAGCAUGUUAACUGACAUUAAUAGACCAAGACUGUGUGAAUGACCAUACUAUGUUUGCAUACAAUACAUGUUUGUCUGUGUGCGUUUUUACAGGGAUACGUACAUUUGAAACCAGGCUUUCUGGGUCAGGCCUGCUGGAAGAAUAUUGUUACUUAUAAUGAGGAUUUUGUCUUGAUGGAAAUGUUACUGCCUUUCUCCAGGUUGACUCCAAUUUCUGUUCGAUUUGGUGGUGAGAGAAAUAACCAAAUAUGAAAUGGAGAGGGUUUUUAAGUACUAAACUAUAUUAGAUUAUUAAAAUGACUGACAAAUUGUGAUCUUGCAUUACUAUGUAUGCGUUUUUCAAUAAACAAAGUAAAAAUAGCUAUUUGUGUGUGUGUUCUUUUACACUUAUGUAUAUUAUUCUGUAACAUCUCUUCCAUGCCUAUUUUGACAUAUCAAAUUCUAGUAAAUUCUAGAGACUGUUGUGCAUGAAAAUCCCAGGAGAUUUUACACUUUCUUGCUCCUUAGACUUAGAAUUUAAGUCCUAAUGUAAUGAUCCAGAUUGCUGAAAGUUCCACAUUUAGGGUCAAUUUAUAAUGGGAAUGGUUUGAGUCUUAGUGUUUAAACUUUUUGGGGGUUACCAUGGUAAAUAUAGUGUGCAUGCAGAAUAUUUCAGGUUCAAUUUUGGGUUGAUUAUCUCUGGAGGGGGACCAGAUGGAAAUUUUCACACACAUAAGUCCUCUAUGGUACCAUUCUGCUGUAAAAAAAAAAAAACAGUUUGAGAUUCCACUGGUUACAGAGCUAGGGUUAGUAGAAAUCUGGGGAAAAACCUACUUUAUUCAUGCAUUUUGAGAAAUGAACAGAUGGCUUUAGUGUAAAAAAAUUAUAAUAAAAUGUUCAGUUCACAUCGGCAGCAUCAUUGGUGAAACUUCUCAGGUAUACCAAGAUAUUUCAGAGAAAUUAAUAGAAUGAUUGAAGAAGGUCUUUGACCAAAACGAUGUAAGCUAAUAAAGGUUUACAAGCAAUACAACAUUGUGCAGGUCUUUUUAAAUGUUUUCCAUUGUAUUGUGUCCGCACCUGCCUGCGACAUGUUUACAUAUAUGUUUAAAAACAUAUGCACUUACCAUAUAUCAACUGAAUAUGAUUUAUCACUAGAUUAUGAAACCUAAAUUAUAGAGCUCACAUGAAAUGAAGAAAUUGUCCAACAAGUCACGUUAUAGAAGGCAUUCAUAUUUUUGUUUAACACAAACUGCAUCUUUCUACAAACUUUCCAAGCCAAGCAAUUCAGCUGGUAAAGCGAUAUAAAAUUAAAGCUACACUAUGUAAGAUUUUUUGUUAGA